AUGGCACAUGAUCCCUGGGAAGGAGUCUCUGAUGAGAAGGUUGGCAAUGCCAGUUCAGAAUUCAGGUUGGAAGCAGACUUCCAGUAUUUCUUGCUUCCUGUCAUCUACAGCAUUGUCUUUGUGGUGGGACUGACAGAGAAUGUCUUAGCUCUGUACCUCCUGUCCUACAAAGUGAAGCACACUUCUUCCUACGUGCACAUGAUUCAUCUGGCUCUGGUAGAUGCCUUGUUUGUUUGUGUGUUACCUUUUAAAAUCCAUUACCACCUUCAUCAGAACAACUGGAUCUUUGGGGACAUGGCCUGCAGGAUAACCAGCACUCUGUACUACAUCAAUAUCUACUUCAGCAUUGCCAUCUUCCCCUGCAUUUGUGUUGACUGCUACGUCACUGUGCUGCAUCCCCUCACCUACAUCCAGAUCAGAGUCACCCAUUACAUGGGGGUGGUCACAAUCCUUUGGGUGGUGGCUCUCAGUGUCAUGAUUCUACUGAUCCCUGGGGAUCCCUUCCACAACAGUGGAGUAAAGAACACAACACCACGUUUUGAGAACUCUGAUACCAGUAGCUGGACUUCUCACAUGGCACCUUACAACAUCCUGGCUUUAGUUUUUGGGUUUCUGACCCCAUUUUCCAUCAUUCUGAUUCUCUACCCUCUUAUUGCUAAGAAGAUCUCCCAGAUCAAACACAGCAUUUGUAAGAGAAAGGCCUUGAGUACCAUCUGCAUCAUCUUGCUCAUUUCUACUUUGUGCUUCCUUCCCUAUCCUCACUUCUUAAUGAGAAUCCAGGUCAUCCAGAACAAGUCAUUUACCAGCUGCAUUUACAAAAUCAUAAGGGUCACUUUAGCCCUGUUGAGUUUCAACCCUUGCCUUAACCCACUCUUGGACUACUUCACCUCCUCCAGGAAGCAGUGGUACUUCAGGACUAAAAUGGUGUACACAAUCUGUGACCAGAAACUGGGGGAGUUCUGUAUUUAUCAACUGCACCAGAAACAUGAAAAUAAGAAACACAGAGAUAGAAUCAACUGAUC